GUGAAAUGACUCAGAGCUUCUCAGACCUAGUGUUGAGAGCAGGCUUUCAAAUCAGGACAGGUUUUCGCUGACAUCCAAGAAUAAUUUGGACUACUUUCACAGUGACUUGGUGACUCCAGUGUAGUUUUAUCCAAUAGGAGCUUGAUGUUGUGCAAUCGUACAGACGGGAUGCCUCGUGGAGACUUCAACAUCUAUUUUGCGAGUGGUAGAAGAGGAAACGUUCGAGCUGAGGAAGCGGUGGGCAUUGCUCUCCUGGUGGUGAUCCUUGCAGGCCUCUUCAUUCUGGGCUGCUGGUAUCUCAAGAAGAGGAGUGGCUACAGAAUAAUCAGGAACCCAAGAUCUGGAUCACCAAGUUUCACAGGAGGACAGUACUCUGAAGCCGGACCUUCAGCAGAUAACAAAAUGCCUCUCACUGACUUUGGGAGUUUCCGAUCCGCGGUACCAAAUGCUCCUCCUGCCUAUGAAAAAAUCUCCUCAGGAACACUCCCACCUCCUUACUCCCCGUGAAAGAUGGACAACUACAGGAUAUAUGGAGAAAUGGACAACACUAAGACCAAACUAAGAACUUAUUUGAUGAAAUAAGACAUUACUGUCAAUGUAGUUCCUAAUCUUUAGUUUCAACAAACAAAUGCAAAAAGACCUCACAUUCUGGCUUGAUAAGAAUCUCAAACAUACUUGUUCGGGACAGUUACAAUGUUUAUUUUCAUGUAGAAAUGUCCACUGUUGUUAAAUGAAAAUGUACCUAGUAAAUAUUACUUUUGAAAUAUCUAUAAUGGUAAAAAUAAAUAAAUGUGACUCUAAAAUAUUUACAGACUCAGACAUGUAGUACAAAUCCACGCAUUGGUUAAGACUGCUAGAAAUGAUAAAUGUAGUUUUCAAACUCUUGCUAUUUGAAAAGAAAAAGAAACCAUGACAAAAACACGUAAAAGGAUGUAGACAGCUGUAUUUUUUCUGAACAAAUCUAGAAGAGCAACUUGUAAUAAUGAAUAGUAAACCGCUGGAUAUGUCUUGAACCAAUAUCUAAUAAAACUGCAGAAGCUCAA